GAAGAGGGGGGAUUUGCAAGCGAAGCAGAUAAGCGGUGUUAGACUGUGUCCUGCCGUGAGGAGAGCGACCACUAUGACGAUGAGAGCGGUUUUGGAGAAUCGAAGUUUAGGGUCGACGUCGAAGGUAGUGGGAAGAAUGCAGUAUCUUGGACGUUGUCAGUAUGGCCGACCCUCGGUUCUAUAGUCAAAGUCCUCACCCUCCCAUGAUCAUCCAUGAUGCUGCUAAUGCAAGACCGCGCCAGUACCACUGCCAUAAUGUCAGAAAACUCGGAAUCUGUCAGUCAUGCCUUGUAAUCUUACUGCAACCGGAUCUCUCUCAAAGUAUAUAUCGUCGAGUGCCAUAUAUCCGGUGCGAUGCCCGCCUGCAUUGGCAUCGGUCCGGGAGAAAUCGAAGAGACCCAUUGGAUAACCAUAUAUUCGAUACAGCUGUUAGGCCGGAGAGAUUCUUCCACAGCCAGGGAGGCUGCUCAUCUAGGGGAAAUAGGCCCGUCGUAGAGCCAGGUAGAUUCGACGUCGAUAGUGCGGUCGUGGGGUUGUUUCGGGGAGUGCGUUCGAGGUUUCUUCACUUUUCCAGGGCAAUUCUCGCCCGGGCGUUCUAUUAUACCACGACCGAACUAUAUGUGAUGUACGACCCUAGAAAACCGUCGAAGUGCGAUUCGAGAGGAAGAACGAGGGUAGAACUCGAUAUCAACAAGUGGAGGAGCGAGUGACAGAACCAAUGGAUGGCAACCGGAGGCCUCCGAACGUUUCACGGCCAGACCAGCAUCACCCUCAAGUCAACGGUUUGACCGAUAAAAACAACGCAAGAAGUUUUCACGAGUGAAGAUGGAAAAGUCUCGCAGCUGAAUGAUGGGUUGGGAAUACGAUACGACUGUCAGUG